AUGGAUACUUCCGGCCCGUCUGUCAGGACUCAGACUGCGGUCGACAAAGUUCCGCCUCGAGAUUCACAACCACAAGGUUCUCUUCAAGGAUGUGGACCUGUAGCAGACAAGGAUUCUGGCCGAGGAAAUGACUCCGGCUCCGUGAAAGACAAGCAGACGAAAAACGAUGAAUCCGAGAUACCCUCGCAGCUUCUCGAACUUCUGGCGAGGAACGAUGAGCAGAGAAACAGGGUUCCGAACAACGGAAGCCAAUCCCAGACUCCUGUUAAGCUGAUGAAAAAACUUUUGAAGCCUAAAAUCCCGGAGAACCAGCGCCCUUCCACGCCAUCCAGUAGUGGUAUGGUGGACGGCCAGACUGCUGCAACUAACAAAGGAAAAGGCAAUGAAGAACGGGCAAUUAAGGCCAGACAAACUCCAGAAAUUGGGCAGCCUUCUUCUUUCAAGGAGGCCCCAACGCUCGUUGUCUUGAACUGGGAGAAACUGCCGGCAUCCAAGCCCCCAAAGCUGGACAUUGUGGCAGUACAUGACGCCGGUCAGACGAACGAGGGUGCCUGGACUUUCAUACCUGAUCCCCAGUCUCAGAAACGAGAACAUUCACGUACAGCCGAUACCGACAUGGACAUCUCACGGUCGCGUGGAGCAGGGUCGCUUGUAGCUAGGUCGCUCGGGGUUGGACCACUCGGAACUGUCCAUCCCAUAAAAACGGAUGAAGAGAUGGCAAACACAGCCAAAAAAACGAAAAACUGGCUCACGGACCCAACAAUGAUCGCCGGUGACUUUGAUGGAGCCCGAAUUAUGGCCUUCUCUUAUCGACCGCCAGAGGUUACGGUGCCACCAUCUGAUCCUACCGCAAAGUCAGCGUUUGACAAAUACCUGCAGAACAUUGCGAGUACACUGCUCUCACAGUUGGUUAGCCAAAGGUCGGCAACAAACGAACGCGACUACUCUAGAGUGCCCUUGGUAUUCAUCGGCUGCGGAUUUGGCUGUCUCGUGAUUCAAAAGCUGAUUAGUCUCGCUGAUGGCGAGGGCUCGACUCAUGAAGAGGGUCCUCUCUUAUCUCCCAUCCUAAAGUUGACGGCAGGAAUCAUGCUACUGGACACACCAACCCCUCUCGGAGCGCAAAAGGAAGGAGCGCCCAGGCAGAAAGGGGGAGCGCAGAAAGAGGACGGAGAACAAAUCGAAGGAGCACAAAAGGAAGGAGCGUCUGCAGGGAAGGAGGGAGCGCCGCGAGAAGACGGGGCGCAAGAUGAGGCUAUUCGUGAAUCUACAUUUCCGCCUACCCUUGACACCGGCAGUAGCGGGUGGGCGGGACCGUUUCUGAAAACGCCUACCAUCAACACGAGACACCUGUGGGACAACUUCACAGGCAUUGCUGCGAAAAAAUCCAUAUCGGUGUGUUGGUUCUACGCACAAGACCCUUCAACCCAGGACAUAAAACCUCGCGCGGACGGCGUCGAAUUUGUCGUGAUUCCCCUACCUGUGUCAGCAACAAAGCCGAAGCCUUCCCAUACCCAAGGGCGAUUUCUUGGCCCCAAAGACGACGCUUACAUUCGACUUGUCGACCACAUACGUGGGAGUUUGAUGUUCAAGGCGUCCGAAGAAGCGGUUCUUGAACCUCUUCUUGGUGAACUGAUUAGGGACAACAAAUACAACUUUGAGGUGACGGAUCGGAAAGGGCGCAACCCACUCCACAGAAUGGUCGCGUCGCUAAACUAUAAGUCGAUAAAGCUAAUCGCCGCUGCCUAUCCCGGUCUUAUAGCAGCCCGAGACGACGACGGAAACACUCCCCUUCACACUCUCGUAUUCAGAGUCAUGGAUCUAGACCUGAAAGAUGAUGAUCGAAAACCCUACGAGGACAUGUUCAGGGACCUAGAGAAAAUCUGGUCGGAAUCCCUACAUACUUUGCAUACCUUUUCCUCGGGUACCGUGACUGGCAGCAUCGCCGGCGAAGAUGCCGCGGCCGUUGCUCUAUUUAUGCCCAUUUUUGGAUUCGAGGAGCAUCCUAAUUGCGAAAAAUUGAGCAACUCAAUCAAGUGCUUGGAGGAAUGUGAUCCGCAGGAGAGUCAAUCGGGUGCCCUGGUCAAUGCAUAUUUCAGGAGCAAAAUGCCUUUGCACUGUCGCCGGACUCUCGACCAGUUCACAUAUCACAUGCUGGAAGACACCAAGGAGCGAGAUGACACUCAAGUGGUCACCAAGUGGGCCAAGGAGCAUCCAAAGAGGCGCGAAGUCGAAUAUGAUGCCGAAAACGACUCAGCCUCCCACAAACACGAUGCAAAUCCGGUUCUGAUGAUCGACCAAUUAUGGCUUUGGGUGCUCAAGAAAGAAAACAUGGUGAUUGCUUGCAUUCCAGAAACAUGGGAUUCAAACCCAACCAAAAAGACCCUCCGGACCGACCAUAGUUUCAUCUGUACGUUGUGGGACGAACUCACGAGGGACAAUCGAACCCCAAUUACUUCUUCCAUGGAGCUUGCAAGCCUGAUAAUCAGGUGCAGCAUCGAUUUCAUACAACGACCAGGUCCCGGGAAUUUCUCGCUUUACGAAUGCUUUCAAUCUACCAUAGACGACAUUGCCGAAAGACAAGCGAAGCAAUUCUCCGAGUUCAAGCACAUCGUGGAUGAGCUCAGCAAGCCUCACGACCCAAAGACGUGGGGCGACAUGACAGAUGAAUUGUUUCGGCUUCCAAAGGAAACAGCCCUUCUGGCUGAAAUCAUGGAUGUUCUGGACGAACUCAAGACCAUACGGCAAGUCUUUUUGAAACAAAAAGAUGUUCUGGAUAAGCUUCGUCAGCUGCCUUCGGAUUUCAAGCAGCCGCUCCCAGACCACCUCGACAAAGUCAACGCAAAUAUCGAAGCCGCCGACGACAUGGCCAGCAGGGCUACAAGAGUGCAUGCUGAUACCAUGAUAGCUUUCACUUCAGUCACCAUAUUCUUCCUUCCAUUGUCUUUCAUAGCAGCCGUGUUCGCUAUCCAAGUCGACUCCUUUCCGAAGGAUCCAGUGUCAGGCCAGAACUCAUGGCCUGUGCAGAAUCUGAUGAGCCUGCUAUUCGGGAUAUCACUUGCCGUCAUCAUACCUCUGGAGAUCGUUGCCUUCAACUUUUACCGCAUCGCGGACUAUCUCGCGGACAAGAAGAGGAAACUCGUGGACAAGAAGAAGAAAUUCGCAGACAUCAAGAAGAAACUGGCCUCGGAGAAGUUCACAAGAGAGAAAUUCCCAGAUCUGGAGUUGGGCAUCCGUUGGAAGAGUGGUCGCAUUUUAUCAAUGGAGCUUUGGCAAUUCUUAGUUGGACACUCCGCCUCCGGCUGGCUGCCGCUUUACGGCAUGAAAUACGCAUGGAUUUUCGGCCGAUGGUCCUUUAACCGCAAAAUACCGCUGCUGCGACGGUUAUGGGAGUUCCGAUUGUAUCCCUGUGGCGAUUAUUUCGAAGUGGACUAUCCCUUGCGUCGCAUGGUAGCCGUGAUGGUGGACGCGUGGCGCAUGGCGAUGGAAAUCGAAACGGACCGCGAUGAGCCUACGACUCGGAUCAUUGCAGCUGACCGCGCGUGGUUUCAACAGAACAGUAUCAAACGGCAUCGUGCGGUAGCAAAUAGGUCACGGGGUAUGCCUCGGUUGCAACAGGCAUCCGGAGCUCUGUUUUGA